AUGGCACCUUCAACAUUCUCUCUCUCCAUCUUCCUUAUCCUCUCUCUCUGCGUCGCCGGAACCGUUAGAUCGGAGGAAAGCGAUUGCGUGUACACGGUGUACGUUAGAACCGGUUCGGUGGUUAAGGGCGGAACGGACUCCAAGAUCGGCAUCAAGUUGUACGACAAGUACGGGUACUACAUCUACAUUAACAACCUCCAAACGUGGGGUGGUUUGAUGGGAAAGGGUUACGACUACUUCGAGCGCGGCAACCUCGACAUCUUCAGCGGAAGAGGACCCUGUCUUGAAGGACCCGUUUGCGCCGUCAAUGUUACUUCUGACGGAUCCGGGUCGCACCACGGCUGGUACCUUAACUACGUCCAAGUCUCCUCCACAGGGCCCCACAGACCCUGCUCUCAGGAAGAGUUCGAAGUGGAGCAGUGGCUCGCUCUCGACACCGCCCCCUUCCAGCUUUGGGCCGUUAGAAACCACUGCCGCUAUUCCUUGGAUCAGGCCCGGCCCGUUUCCGAACGCGCUGGAUCCGGAUCCUCACUCAGAUCCGAGUUCCCUAUUUUGAAUGCACAAGCGUGA